AUGUCUUAUAUCCCAAAAGACUUCCAUGAAGACGUUACCCAGUUCCAUUCUAUUGACAAAAAACCUAAGCGAAAUGCCGUUCAUUGGGGACCAGAGGAACUACUGAACCAACCAGGGAUCUACGUGGUAACUCAAAUUCAGGGGCAUUUUGUCAUAUUGAUUCUCGACCUAAACGACAAACAAACCUAUAAGAACUACACUACAUUCCGUGUACUAAUGCAAUUUAACCGUUUGGCGGAUGACGACUGUGCAAUCAGAGACAUCGUACAGGUAAGUGCUCUCAGAAGAGUUAUAAUGAAAGGAAAUUACAAACCGAUAUCAUAUUUACCUCAUAUAGACUUUUAUGCUGGAAACAAAUAUGGAUAG